CUUUCAUCAAGCCAGGGCCAAUCUUCUUGGAUCCAUCGUUAUCCUUCGUGCAUCAGCCUCGUUCUCAAGAUCUUUGACAACGCUUCUUUGUCGCUAUGCAUUACGCAGAGCAACCCACGCCCCCUUUCAAUUCACCUUAUCAGACGCAUGCAUCGAGGUCCAACUCCUUACUUGAGCCUCCCUACCUAUCUCCACGGCGAGACGAAUCCAUGCCAAAAUAUCCGCAAGGUCUGGGGCUCUACACUUAUCACCACCAAGUUCACACAACUCUUCCUCCAUCACCAUCACCCUCGGAUUCUUGGUCAAGCCAUGUCUCCAGCGGCGCCUCUCCUCUUGUAACACAUGCUAUCGCGGAUCCUUAUGCAUCAGGAGCAUUCGAGCAUCCAAUCGUUCGAUCUCCUCACCCUUGGGAAGGCGCCCAAUUAUCGCCACGGUCAUCGAUAUCGUCUGCGGCGAUUGUACCUGUGUAUCCUCAUACUGGACGUGAUGACGCCUACCACGACAUGAAUCAAGGAAUGGGAGCAGUGAACCAAGAAGGCCACGGCUGGCCUCACGAUGUACGCUAUGCACACAACGGGUCAACGUUGCCAUCACUACGCCAGCAACCAAUGACCGUUGCGCCUGAGAGAUUGCUCAGUACCAUGCUGCCCUACGAGAAUGCGUACAACUCGCCUCCACAAGCUAGCCUUGAGCCUACACCUACGACCUAUGUACAUCAGACCUUUCUUCGUGGACCCAGCGAGUCAAGUACAGCCUCACGCACGGAGUUCCCUCGGGCUUCUAACCACUCUGCACGUCCACAGCGUGCUCGUAAUUCACGACACACCUCACCCUCUGACGCCCUCUUUUAUUGCACACCUUGCAAGAAGGGAUUCGCUCGUAACUUCAACUAUAGGCAACAUCUAGAGACUCACAACAAGAGUCGCCCGAGGCCACAUGUCUGUUAUUACGAGGACUGCAAGAAAGGGUUCUUUCGUAAGACCGAUCUGGACAGACACCACAAGAGCGUUCACCUGAAGACAAAGGAUGAGAAGUGCCACAAAUGCCCUUCUGUGUUUUCGCGGAAAGAUACUUGCGACAGGCACAUGAGAGACGGUUGUCCUCGGCGCCGUGAAGUGUCGCGCCAUGAAGUGUCAGAGUAUCGAGCAAGACUCUAGAAAGGGAGGAUGUCUGAAAUAUGAAUUGUAUAUGAGCGUGGGCGGGACACUUGAGCAUCAUUUACUGUCUUGCAUCUGCAGUCAGCUGUUGGCACACUACUAUCGUGUAUAUGGUUUGGAGGCGUUCUGGUUUUGAAGUACAUACAACCAUCAUAACAGAAUACAUGGUUUGCUAAAAACAUGUAAAUGUUCGCAC